CAGGGGAAGCCGCACGGACGCGUUUCGGACAUGGCUUCCAGCCUGCUCCCGGAGGCGUGUAACGGGACCGCUCCGGAUCCCCCGGGCGCCGAUCAGGAGCACCACGACUACCAGAUGCACACCAAGAUGUGCAAGAAAAUAGCGCAGCUCACGAAGGUGAUCUACUCCCUGAACACUAAGAACGAGGAGCAGGAGGCGACCCUGCAAACGCUGCUGCGCGCCACCACAGAGGCCUCGGGAAACCUCCAGCCGGCGGCCAGCCAGGACGAGCGGGGCGAGGACUCCGCCCUGGCCCUCAGGACCCGCCUCCUGGAGCUCCAGACGACGGUAGAAGAGGUGGAGGAGCGCGAGCAGAGGGCGGAGCUGGAGCACGCCGAGCAGGUGGCGGCGCUGACGCAGGAGGCGGCCGACCUCCGGAGGAGCUACCACACCUCGGAGAUGGAGCGGGACAAGCAGUGCAGGCUGCUCCGGCAGAUCCAGGAGGAGAAACGAGCCCUGGAGGAGGAAUGCCAGAGCCUGCGCAGGGUCAGGGAGGAGGACCGGACCAGGGCCGAGCAGGAGGACAGGAGGAGGAACGUGGAGGAGGAGCUGAGGAGGGAGCGGGAGGACUGGAAGAAGGCCGAGGACGAAUGGGAGAGGCGCUGGGACGCUGCGAGGGAAGCGCUCGCGGUCCUGAAGGAGGAGAAGAGGCAGGCGGAGGAGACGUGGAAGGCGGAGAGGGACGACCUGAGGAGGAACCUGAAGGUCCUCAAGGAGGAGAGGAGGCAGGCGGAGGAGACGUGGAAGGUAGAGAGGGACGACCUGAGGAGGAACCUGAAGGUCCUCAAGGAGGAGAGGAGGCAGGCAGAGGAGACGUGGAAGGCGGACAGGGACGAGCUGAGGAGGAACCUGAAGGUCCUGGAGGAGGAGAGGAGGACGGAGCAGGAGGUGGCCAGGACCACGCUGCAGGAGAACUGCAAGGCGCAGAACUCGCUGCUCCUGCAGAGGCUCCGGAAGGCCGAGGCCGAGCUGGAGGUGCGAGAGGAGAGGCUGGUGGAGUCCAGCAGGCACAGCGCCAAACUGCAAGCCAGAGUAGAGGAUCUAGAGGAGCAGCUGGAGAACGGGAGCGGUCGGGUCGCCGAGGCCGAAAGGGUCGCCAGGAAGGCGGAGGAGGAGCUGAUGGUGGCGAAGGAACGUUUAUUACUGCAGGAGAACGAACUGCAGAGCAAAUCAGAGGAGCUGCUGAGCCAGAGCUCCUCUCAGGUCAAGGUCUCGGUCGAGGUGGAGGAACUGAGGUCUCAGCUCGGCCGUCUCAACAUCAGGAACAAGGAACUGGAGCUCCAGAACAGCGGCCGAUCCAACGACCACGCCCGCAUGCUCAAACAGCACGCAGACGCCCUGUCUUCCAUGCGCCUGGAGCUGCAGCGCGCCCACGCCGAGGAGAUCAAGCGCCUCCACCAGGAGGUGGAGAAGGAACGGAGGAGCAUCAGGCAGGAGCUGGAGGAGGAGAGGAAGCAGGUGCACAGAACCGCCGAGGAGGAGAAGGUCCGGCUGAAGGACAAGCUGAGGAAAGCGCUGGAGGAGCUGAACCGCAGGCACGCCAACGAGCUGCACCAGGCGCGAGCCGCGGCGGACGGCGAGAAGAAUCAGGCGGAGGAGAACCUAAAAACUUCAGAGGAGGAUAGACGAAACCUGGAGGCGGAGAAAGUGGAGCUAAACAAACAACUGCAGCAGUCACUUCUGAAGAUCAGUGAGCUGGAAGCUGCGAUCCAGCUGCUGGAGAGGGAGAAAGAAGAAGCGAGGAGGAGAGAGGAGGAGAACCAGAGGGUCGGCCUUCAGUCUCCGAGCGCCUCCGAGCUGGAGGGUCUGAGAGAGGAGCUGGAGCGAGAGAGACACGACGCGCAGAGCAUGCAGGAGAACUUCGCUCUGGAGAAGGACCACCUGCAGGCUGAGAUUUCUGCUCUGAAGAACGAGCGAGACGUCCUGCAGCAGACCAACCACAGCGCAGAGGAAAGACUGAGGCUGCAGUUGGAGAAGCACUUCUCAGACCAUCUCGCAGAUCUGCAGAAGGACCGGGAGAGGGAGCUCGGAGAUGUCAACCUGCGCUGGCGGGAACGGGUGGAGGAACUGGAGUCACAGCUGGAGGAGAAGAGAGCCCUCUUCAGUAAGAGCCAGGAGGAACGAGAGAGGGACGAUCACCACGCCAACGGGGAGAUGAGGAGGAUGAAGCUGGAGAUCCAGAAGACCCGAGAGACCAACAGUUCACUGAGAGCUCAGCUUCACGCCACCAUCCAGGAGAAAGAGCGACUGAUGAAGAAACAGCAGCUGCAGGCGGUUCAGGAGGAGGACGAGGACGGCGGGGACGUUGAGGGCGGCGGUCGGACUCCGCGGCGGGACGUUGAGGGCGGCGGUCGGACUCCGCGAGCCCUGCAGGACCUGGAGAGCCGCGCCGGCGAGGAGCUGCAGGCGGAACGACAGCACCUGCACACCCAGUACAAACUCCAGCUGGAGAAGCAGAAGGCGGAGCUUACCCAGCAGCACACCGAGUGGGCGCGGCAGGUCACCCAGAGGCACAUGCAGCAGAUCGUGGACCUGCAGAACGAACUCAAGACCCACACCGAGAUGAUGGCGCUGCAGCAGGACCUGAAGCAGCAGAACCGCGUGCAGUCGCUGGAGAGGCAGCUGGACGAGAGGAGCAGCGAGGUCCAGGCGCUGAGGAGGGAGACCGAGGAGCUCCGGGAGCAGGUCGACGCCCUCGACGCCCAGAGGGAGGCGCUGAGGAACCACGGGCACGCCGGCGGCAGGUUUCCCGGGUCCCGGAAGGACGAGGGGGGCGGCGGGGAGGACGAGAGGAACGCCGGGACCCCGGUGGAACCGGGCGCGGCGAGGAGGGAACACCGGGCGGAGCUCCAGAGCGUCUCCGAUUUCAGCUCCAGCCAGGACCAGCUACAGGCUCGCCUCGUCGCCUUGGAAACAAAGCUGAGAGAGCGGGAGGAGAAGGGUAAGAGAAAGCUGGAGGAUCUGCACACCAUCGCCAAGCUGCAGGACAAACUCGGCGAGAGAGACCAGCUCAUCAAGAGACUCGUGGAAGACGUCCAUCAGCUUUCCCAGCACCCCCCUCCCGGCAGAGACGGGACGCUGAAGCUCUACGACGGCAGAACGCAAACAGGGACUCUCACCCCCACUUUAAAGAAGAAGGUGCUUGAAGACGCCCCCCAGUGUGCGUCCAGCGUAACCACGCUCUUCUCCACGGAGGGCGGGUCGCCCAAAACGCCACGCCCCGUCGGCCGGCGGAUCCUGCCGCCCAAGACGCCGCCUCACCCGGAGAGCAGGACGUCUGUGAGGCUCAGUCGCUCGUCUCCGACCCCCGAGCCGCCGCACAGGACUCCACCGGAACAGCGAGUGAUCGAAACGGGACCCGACGCCCAGGACCCACAGAGGCAGGAGUGGUUCACCAAAUAUUUCUCCUUCUGACGGGCGACGCCCGCCUGAUACGGCUGGACUGUGUAGACGUACGACGGGCCACGCGACCUCCAGAAAAGUAUCGGGACGCCCCCCUGUGGUCGAACAUUUUAGUCAUGGAUGCUUCCAACGGUUUAAGGAAGGCCCUUUCUUGUUUACAUUACAUUUACAUUUUAUCCAAAGUGAGGGUUAAGGGCCUUGCUCAAGGGCCCGACGGUUUGCAACCUGGCAGUGGUGGGACUUGAACCAGCAACCUUUCGAUUACUAAUCCAGUACCUCAACCAAGAGGCUACAAGUGAAGAAACCUCACUGAACCAGAAGGUUCGGAAUGAACCGGAACAUCGACUGACCAAUCAGCACCAAGCACAAAUCAGCGCCGAGCUAGGACCCUGAGCACAAUCGCUUGUGAACUAGAACCCGCAGUACCUGAACUCCGCCACUAGAGGGCAAUGUCCCUCAGUUAACUAUAAUAUAAAUAUUUAAUCAAUAUAAUUAAUAAUAAAUGUAAACCAGCUAUUAAAAAGUACAAUUUAAUUAAAGGGGGUGAGAAAAAUCGGGAUUUUUUUUUUUGGGAUCGCUGAUUUUAUGACGUCACACGACGCAGAAUUUCACCAAAGACCAAAUUUACACCUUUAUUUUAUUAUUAUUAUUAUUAUUAUUAUUUAAAGCUUCACGGUAGCUUUUUUUCAAGUGGUCGCGUUUUUAAAACGACGUUUUAACGCCGCACGAACGGAAGUACUCGCCUAGGUCACGUGAUUUCGGCUCCACCGAACGUAACUCGAGCGUCUUUUGUGCUACUGGACUCCCGAGACCAGGGCGUGUCUAAAUCCUUUAGAUCUUAGCCCCCUACCGAGGCGCCUUAAUUCCGAGCGAAAUAUGAAUCCGACAGCGCCGAGGGCAAUCCCAGCAUUCAGUGCGGUCACCACGAGUUCUUUAUGAAUGCGAAUAAACUCGUCAGGGUCGGAUUAAGCGUUUUCGGCAGCCCUACGACAAAAGCGACCGAGACCGCUUCGCGCUCUGGUCGUCGACGCCCCACCGUCUCUGCUAUGCAAAAGACCUCCAGCUACCUCGCAGGUCCAGAUCCUCGGAUCCUCCGUCCACGGCACGUCCCACCCAGUCCGAUUUGUAAGCGCACGACGGAAGCGUACGAAAAAUUCCGACUAAUUCGACGCCUCACACGCCCCCGAAGGAUCAGGACCAGGAACACUGUGAAACGUCGUUGUGCUAGACUGGCCCGCCUUCGGUCCGGAGCUUUCUCAAGCUUAAGCGUCACGUUACCGGAUUCUCAUCGUUUUAUGUAUGUAUUUAUGUAUUUAUUUAUUUAUGUAUUUAUUUUUAAUUUGGCCAAUCAGAGGCACGUUUAAGCCCCCCCCCCCCCGUUUUGUACUCCACCCCCCCAAAACAAAACAAGCUUAAGAAUGAAAACAAUUGUAGCAUGCGUUUUAUUCUUUAAAAUAAAGAUUUAUUAACGUUCAA